ACAUGUAGUCAGUCGCUUUUUAUAUGUCUAGAGGAAAAUUAGAAGAGUGGUUGAGAAUAAGACUUGUAUAUAUCGACUAUUAUUAUGAUGACCAGGGAGCAACUCCUUCACAAGGCAAACGCAUAGCCCGCCAACCCGUCAUCCGCAUUUUUGGAAGUACGUUGAGUGGACAAAAAUGCUGUCUUCACAUUCACAAUGUCUUGCCUUAUUUCUAUGUACAGUUGCCCCCUAAACAUUUCAGAAAUCUUGGAGAGGCACAAGCUUUCACAACUCAGCUGGUAGAAUUUUUAGAACACUCGCUUUCCUCCAGUAUCAGUUCUACUAAUGCACAGAAAAUCAUUGCUGCUACCGAAAUUGUAGAAAGAAUACCGUUCUAUGGUUUUCAUGCUCAUUCUUGCUUUUUCGUUAAGAUAUAUACUUUUGUACCUGGAAAUAUUCGCAAGUUGGCAGACUUGUGUUUUAGGUUUCCCGCUAGAGAUUUGAUAUUACAACCACAUGAGUCGCAUAUAUCUUAUUUGUCACAGUUUAUGAUAGAUUAUAAUCUUUAUGGGAUGAAUUUUAUUCGACUGUCUAAUCCACGAUUCAGACUUCCUCUCCCGCGCAGUGAUACGUUUCCUUGGAGAAUGAAUGAGAUUCCAUUUAGACGCCUGUCUUAUAUGAGCAAUAUGGAAGCAAAUACGUCACUCACAGAUUAUUUGAAUAGUCAGAGAGAUCUGCUGAAUAUUCCUCUUAGCCAAAGACUAUUUUUAUCAGAAUAUUGUGAAGAAUUGUCCCAUUCGCAUUGUUUAUCUCCACUUGAAAGAAAGUCAUACUGUGAUCUAGAGUUGGAUGUGAACGCAACAGACAUUCUUAAUCCGGAAGACUGCAAGGAGAUUCCAUCUUUGGAAGCUGCCAGUGAAGAAGAUAGGUUGGUUCCUAGUCUUCGUGGUCUCUGGGAAGAAGAUGGAAGAAGAAGAAGUCUACUAGGAAUGGAAAGUUAUUCUAAUGGAGGAGACUUGAAGGACAAAUGUAAGGUGAAUUUGAGUUAUUCGGAAGCUCAUUUAAGGGAAGUAUUUUUACGCCGACUGGAACAGGAACAAAGGAAACAUUGUAAUAGAAUAACAAUGCAUGACAAUGUUGUGAAUACAAAUUUAGGUUUGGACAUUGGAGAUACUAAUUUAGCGGAGUCCAAGGUUGUUGUUGACCAUUCUGACGUAGUCGAGGAGAGAACGAAGCAAGGACAUGAUGUAGAAGAUAGAAUUGCCGAUCCUUAUGUUGGAUUUUUCAAAGACGACCGCAGCACUGAGUGUUUAUGGAACGACAUUUUGCAGAGUUCACAAUUGUUGGAACAAGAUAUUAAGCAAGAAAUGUCGCAAGAUUUCAAUUGUACUCCAACUAUGGAAAGGUUUGUAAAGGAAAUGACGCACACAGAAGGACCUUGUGUUUUGUCCAAUCAGAAUAAUGAAGGCUCUUUCAAUGUUGUGAAAAAUGAUGAUGAUAUUAUCCAUCCUGAAUGUGAGAAUGACCUGAAUACAUCGUCCCAACGAACCAAUUAUUUGAAUUCAGUUGUUAACGAACAAUUAGAGACUAAUGAUACAUCAUCCGCUUCUAUAACAACAUCAAUGGAAGUACAUUCUGAUGCAAACGGAGGAAAUCAAAGUCUUCCCAGUCAACGACGAAAUAGUAAUGGUAUCGUUUGGAUCACUCCAUGCGAUUCUCCUCCUACAGUGGAAGAUUUGAAUGCAGCUUCGAUGAACAGACCAUUGUAUAAUUAUGUUCCUCAAGUUGUUAUGGAUAGUUACGGGAGAUUAAACACAAGAUUUGCUGCAAACUCUUUCAAAGGUAGCGAAGAAAAUGCUAAGAGUAUCACCAAUAUUGCAAGAAAGGAUGAUUUUUCGUCCAGUGAAGAUGAAGAUGUGGAUAACCCACCCGAAUCACAUGCAGUUCGACCUUCUUCUCCGAGAUAUGAUGAAAUGGACGGCAUCACAACACCUGCACAGUCACAAAAAUAUGAUCAAUCAAAGACUCUUCAUAGAAGAAGCCUUGGCCUCAAUGAUUCUUUUUUCUUCUCUCCAGGAUUCGCUGUGGAAACCGAAUAUAAUAUGUCUUCCAGAAGAGAAUCUUCAGUCGGUCAUAGUUAUCAACAAGAUGACGAACUCCUACCACAUCAGAGUCAAGGUUUAACAUUAAUGUCUUUAGAAGUUAUUACGGAAGCAAGAGAGGGAAAGCUGCCUGAUCCAGCCAUAGAUGCAGUUCAUAUUGUUUGUAUGGUUAUUCAUGAUGAAAGAGCAAAACUUCAUCUAGGGCCAACUUAUCAAGAUAUUUUUCAUGUGAUUCUUUUGGCGGAAGAUCCGGUUUCGACUCAGUAUCCGUAUCUAAUAUCUGAUGACAUUUCUAUUCAAAUGGUCUCUAAUGAAGAAGAAUUGUUUUACAAAGUUGCACAUUGGAUACGAUAUUAUGAUAUUGAUAUGAUAUUUGGAUAUGAUAUUCAUCGUUCAUCAUUAGGCUAUCUGAUUGAACGUGGACAUCAUUUAGGUUGGGCCUUUACAAGAUGGAUAUCUCGUUGGAAGGAGACGAAGCCAAAUAUAAAUACCUGGAACAAUGACGAAGCGGUUGAAGAUGAAGAAGAAGAAAGCGUCAACCAAGACAACUGUCCAAUUCCAGACGCAAGUCGUGCCGAUACUUACAUGAAGAGGUUAGGCUGUCAUAUAAAGAUAACUGGAAGAUAUGUGUUUGGUAUUUGGAACAUUUUACGAGUCCAAGUGAAACUGCCUUACUAUGAUUACGAAGGUGCGUCAGCGGCUCUAUUGAAAAAACGCAUUCCUGCUUAUGAACCCUGGGUCCUCGGAUCAUUUCUUCAGAAGACACAGCAUAUACAUAUUGCGUAUGAAUAUUGCUUACAAAAGGCUGCGGAUAACUUUCAUUUCUUGGAAGAGUUAGAUUGGGUUUCUCAGACCUCAGAGUUGGCUCGUAUCUUUGGUAUUGAUUUUCGCAGUGUGAUAACACGUGGUUCUCAAUUUCGUGUAGAAAGUAUGCUAGCAAGAUUGGCACAUGCCAAUGGUUAUUUACUUUUGAGCGCUUCCAGAGAACAGCUUUUAAGUCAACCAGCUAUGGAAUGCUUGCCUUUGGUAAUGGAACCUGUUACUAAUUUUUAUCAAGACCCAGUAAUUGUUAUGGAUUUUCAGAGUCUGUAUCCUUCCAUCAUCAUUGCACAUAACAUGUGUUUUUCUACCAUGUUUGGUAAUGUCCGUGGUUUUUCCCAGAUUAGUCACUUUGGUUCUUGUCGAAUGGGUGUACUGGAAUCUUUUGAGCCUCCAAGUCUAUUAUCUGUCACGAAUGACAGUGAGCUUUCUUCUGGGGCAUUAUAUGAACGAUAUUGCAAUGAUUAUUAUGUUGCUCCUAAUGGGGAAUGCUUUGUAACCUCCAAGAUACGUAAAGGAAUGCUACCUCGAUUAUUACAGGAAAUCUUAUCUACUCGCCUAAUGAUCAAAUCAUCUAUGAAAUGGAUUGCUGAACACUAUCAAGGUGAAUACAAAGAUCGACUGUGGAAAAUCUUGAAUGCCCAACAGUUUGCCCUUAAAUUAAUUGCUAAUGUGACUUAUGGCUAUACUAGUGCAGCUUUUUCUGGACGUAUGCCAUGUUCAGGUUUGGCAGAUGCUAUCGUACAACAUGGUAGACAAGCAAUGAAACGUAGUAUGGAAGAGAUAGAAAGAGGUUGGCAACAAGUUCGAGCACAUACGGUAUAUGGUGAUACGGAUUCUCUCUUUGUUUUUAUUCCUGAAAUGGAUUGGCGACAAGGUUGGAAGCUAGGCAAGGAAAUCAGCGAGCAUAUUUCUGGUCAAUUUCCUUAUCCUAUGCGAUUGGUGUUGGAAAAAGUAUAUAUGCCAUGUAUUUUGUUGGUAAAGAAACGUUAUGUGGGCUAUGCUUUCGAGUCGUUGGAACAACAGAGGCCUGUAUUGGAUGCGAAAGGUAUUGAAACCAUCCGCAGAGACUCCUGUGCCGCGGUACAAAAGCUGAUAGAAAGAAGUCUGCGAUUAUUGUUUGAGACUAGAAAAAUAUCUAAAGUGAAAGAAUAUUUAUUAAAGAAGUGGAGUCGUAUGCAUCGAGGCAAUUUUCAUUGGAUGGAUUUUAUCUUUUAUAUGGAAGUUCGUUGGGGUAGUUAUCGAGCACAAAUGGAAGCAAGCUCUCAAGCUAUGCUUCCGCCAGCUGCUGUAGUGGCUUCUAGGAGAGUUUUCCAUGACUCUCGUGCCAUUCCAUUAUAUGGAGAAAGAAUACCUUUCCUUAUUGCCUAUUGGAUGGAGAAACCCAGAACCUUGCAAGAUUGUGUAUGUUCUCCUGAGGAAUUUUUGUCUUUACAAGAGAACGGACAUGCUGUAUUACAUGUAACCUACUACAUCAUCAAACAAAUGAUACCUGCUUUGCAACGUUUUUUCGACUGCCUUGGAGUAGACAUCAACCAAUGGUACCAACAAAUGAGGAGACCAUCAACAUUAUUGUCAUGGUUAAUGGUACCCAGAAAGAAUAAUCUAAAUCAUUCCAACUCUUGUAGGAAUUUGUUACAGACUCGGUAUCCCGUUGGAGGACUGUAUCAUUAUUAUCAUUAUUACGUUUGCAGUUUAUGUGGACAAAAUUUAUACGACCCAAAAGAAUGGCCUUUGUGUCCUUCAUGUAAAAAUCAUCCUUCCUGGUCUAGUUUCAUCUUAUUUCAACGUUGGAAUCGACAGCAACGCAAGUUGAAGCGAAUGCAAAGUGUGUGUGACUGCUGCACUCGCCGCAACACUAUUCAAGAAUGGCAUUGCCAAAAUUUUCAUUGUCCAAUAUUCUUUCAACGACAUAGUUGUCAACAGUGGAAUGAUGCAUAUCAAGAUAUCAUCGAUUGUUUGCAAUGGUAAACAAGUGACGUAUAGUAGGUCUUCCAUGA